AUGAGUCAGGAGGUGACCCGUUGCACCCAUCAGCCCACACACAGCCCCACCCGGGAGGAGAGACUCUCCAUUGAGCUCCAGGAGCUGCAGGCCUACGGGGAGGAUUACUCAUUGAUGACUCCUCCACCAGGAGCUAUACAGGAAGCUGAUGUCAAAAACACGGCAGAAGGGAUGAAGGGGGAGAAGCUCCCCCCUAAGGUUGGAUACGACCUCCCAUCCCAUGAUGCCCUGGCAAAGAUCUUACCAAAUGGCCGCUGUGGUGUCGACCUUCUCAAGGGAGCGAAGACUGAGCUGCACAGAGCCGGAGAGCAGGAGAGGCCCGUUGCAACACAGGCCAACAAACCCAACAAAAACAACACCUAUCAAGUACAUCAUCCACAUAGACGACCCCCUCUUCAUGACUUUGAGGAUGAUCCCAACAUGGCAGAGAUCACCGACCUACAAACUAAGGAGAUGGAAAACUAUCGUUCAGCCAUGAGUAGGAUGGCUGAAGAAAUCAUAGCACUGAGGACACAGGUGGUGACGUUGGAGGCAGAGAACAGUCAGCUACGCACCGAUCUGUCUCUGCAGCAGGACCUAGGCCGAGAUCUGCUGGAUGACACCGACAUUGACGUCAUGACCAAGGCUGAGAUUGCUGACCGUAUAGCCUCUCUUAAAUUCAAACUGGCCAGUGCAACAAGUAAAGCUGCCUCUCAAAGGGACAGGAUCCAGCAGCUGCAGAAUGACUUGAUCAAGAAGAAUGACAGUGAGAAGGAGCUACUGAAACUUCAGAGAGUUCACCAGCAGCAUGAUGAGAAUCUGCAUCACCACCAGAGUCACUUGGCAGAGAUGGCAACUUUGAAGGUCACAGUAAAACAGCAGGAAAAGGCCAUUGAGAAGAUGGAGAAAGUAUUAGAAAACAACCUCAGAGAGAAGAAUAAACAGCAUGUUGCUAAAAAGCUGGUAGUGAAAAAGCAAAGAGGGGAGACACCAGGCCACAUAAAGGAAGAGAUGGAGUCGGCCCUGGCAGCAGAAAACACUCGUCUCAGAGGAGAGCUGGAGAGGAUUCGGCGGCAGCCUGUUUCAGUCAUACAGCAGACAGCACAGACAAAAGAAGCACUGCCAGUCAAGGAGAGACUGAGUUUACUAAAUAAACUGGAGAUGGCCGAGGCAAGAGCCCAAACUCUGGAGGCUCAGCUCAAGGAGAACUCUCAAAUAUGGGGAAGAGAAAAACAAGACAUGUUGACCAAACUGAGUGAGCAGAAGCAUGGCUUCGUCCGGACAUCCACCACAAUCCAACAUAAUGUUCCUUCGAGGUUUGUAUCAGAAUCAUUGCAUCAGCAAAGCAGACUGAAGAAGCAGAAGCCUCUAAAAUGA